UUGCGCGCGCAGGUAUUCGUAAUAUGGCCGAUUGUAUACGACAGAAAACAGUUUGAAAACUUUUUUAAUAAAUGAAAAUAAAAUUUAAUGUAAUCUAAAAAUAUUUGUAUUAAAAUAAGUGAAAUAUUAUUUAAUAAUUAUCAGUUUGUGUAAGCGGAACUUUGUGAUGGUGUGGUGAAAGUUACAAUUGUGAGAAAUAAGAAAAUGUGUGACGUUUUUUGCUACAUUUAACAUACUUUUGAUUUGUUUUUUAAAAUCAUUUAUUUACCAUUGCUAAAAUAACACACACAAAUGUAACAGCGAAUGAACGUGGAUGCACAUGACAGAUGUGUCAAACUCGCGUUUGACAGUUAAAGCAAGAUGGCCGCUGGGAAAUGGCGGGCGCGGGGCGGGAUUGGCGCGGUUUUGUUCGCUAUACUUAUACAGGUUAUAAAUGGUUACGAAGAGAUCUACACCAUAUCGCAGUUGUCACCUAAAUCAGCAUCAGACGAGAGAUCACACCAAGAUGUCGUCCGAACACAAGUAGAGAACAUUGCAUUUAGAAUAGAACCUAGUGCUAAGUACGAUGACCAAUUGGAUUUCACGCCUGAAAACAUCAUCGAUGAUGAAGAGAAAGAAAACAAUAUUGUUCUAGAAAGAUCGAUCGAACCUAGUAGAGGUUCAAGGUCAAUAAACGUUGAAGAGAUACCAUCAACGAACAACAACGAAAUCGACAACGAAAUACAAUCGCACAAUAAGAGAAAGUACUACGAAAUAUUACCAACGAAAACUAUAGAUUACUACAGGGAUGAUGGAGCCAUGCUUCUAUCAUCCGGCUUCGGCGAUAAAUUAGACUUUAAGUUUCCGGGGGAAGGCAAGAGGGCUCCGAAGGGGCGUGCACUAGCACCGUCGGAGCCCAAAAUUCGGGCGAGUGCAGUGCAACCUAUCUUCGCGACAGCCACCCUUAAAGAACAGGGCAGACAAAACACGGAAAUACAAAACAUAAUAACUGGUAUAGUCAAGCUUUUGAACGGUAAUGUGAACGUUCAAGCGAAUUCACAGCUACUAAAUGGACGGCCUCGACCAAUGGCGUCUAGGAUAAACAACCGUGGUCCGCCUCGCAUAUCUGACGUGCCUCCCAUGCCAGAUUUCGAUAAACCCAUCACGCCACCCUCCCAUUCUUUCAUCCCAACCAAAACACCUCCUCCCUAUCCUUUCGAUCGACCUCAUGGUGUCAAUUUACCAGAUCAAAUUGGUCCACCCAUGAAUCGACCCUUCCACAGACCAAUACCACCUUGGCAGAGACGGCCACGACCUCCGAAUAGACGUCCGAACCCUGGAGUUCCAAUGUACAAGCCCACUCUACCUCCACUCCCUGAUAUACCAGAUAUAGAUGAGAAAGAAGAAAUAGCAAGCGAAAAUGAGAGUAAUUUAGAAAAUAAAAUACACCACGAUGAAUUUUUACCACAUAUACCCGUAGAAACAACAACAGAACUGAAAAAUGUAACAGAAGUAAGUGAAAACGAGCCAACAACUGAAACAACAACCACUUCAACAACAACAACAACAGAAUCGACGACAACAAGCACAGAAGCAACAACAAAAACAACAGAAAAAGUAACAGAGACAACUCAGAAAGCGACAACAGAAAAGCAAACGGAACCAACUACAAAAACAACAGAAAGAACAACGCCAACAACACCAAGAACAACAGAGAAAACUGAAACAACAGUUAAAACAACGGAGAAACCGAAGACAGAGAAGCCAAAAGAUAAGAAAAAAGAUACAUUCGAUAAGGAAAAGAAAGAUAAAUUCAAAUUGAAUGAGGUUACGGAGAAACCGAUCAAAAAUGAAACUAUAAUAGAUUUAAUAGAGCCUUCUAUGAGUGAAGUUACGCCAGGCUUUAUAGUCCCCACUCCGACUGAAACUUUGGGGGGUAGUACGGCCUCUGAGUCGUCAAUUUCUGUAGCUAUAGAGAAAACAUCGAUCAAUACACAACCUAUACCAACGUCCCCCUCCAUACCGUACUCUCCAUACCGCCCGCGACCAGGCAUAGUACUAGACGAUACCGACUUCAAACCGCACGGUACAAGGUUCAGACCGGAAGCGUCUGUGAUCACUGCCGACACACGCUUGCCCGGGUAUGGGGAGAUAUUCGAUGUCACUGUGUCUGCUAUACAAGGGCCGGGGGAGAAAGGGGGGGCAGUGCACAUAGAAAACAUAAACAUAAACGAACACCACGACGACAUAAUCGUAUCACCGUCCGGGGAACAGGGAUUCGUCUCAAUAGAUGGAAAACGGACUUAUCUCAAUUUAUUCGAUACUACGAGCAGUAUAAGUCCUACCAGAGUGCAGACACCGGUACAUACUACGCCCGCACAACUACCCCCAAGCCCCUCUAUAGGCACAGGGGUGGCUAUACCAACAGAUGACGUCCCAACCCCCCCUCGGCCCCUAGCUAGGCCCCAUAGACCCCAGCAAGCGUAUAGACGACCACAACCUACAGUACGGAUUGACACUUGCAUAGUGGGAGAUGAUUCGACGUGCGAUCAGGCACAAAAUGAAAAAUGUAGGACUGAAGCUGGUAUAUCAAGCUGUCAAUGCAGACCAGGUUAUGCAAGACGGACCCACCGCGAUCCGUGCAGACGAGUCGUGUCGUUAUUAUUGAACCUGAGGGUGGACAGAUUGUAUGAUAGGAAGGUUGCAUGGGACGUCAAGUUGAUGGAUAAAGAUUCAGAUCCAUAUCACCAAUUAAGUUAUGAAGCUGUUAGAGCAAUAGACUCGGCGUUCUCAAUGACGCCAUUUUCCGAUGAUUUCGUGUCCGGUUCUGUCAACUCUAUCCACCAUGGGGAUGAAAACAAUAAGGGGGUGUUCGUCAACUAUACUGUGUUGAUGCAAGAAACUCCGGAAACGUUACGUAGCUCCGUAGCGACGGACAUACAGAAACACUUGCUGGGCGUGAUCAGACGUCGCUCCAACAACGUGGGCGCUUCUGCACUGUGGGUCGACUCGCCCGCGGGCAGUGUGCUGCCUUUGUCAGAUGUCGAUGAGUGUACUUCCCCAGAUUUAAAUGACUGUCACAAGCUAGCAACUUGCACUAAUACUUGGGGAGCUUUUAAAUGUUCCUGCCCAGACACAACACUAGACACGGGCACAACACUAGCUAGAGCGGGCCGAGACUGCAAACAGUGCAGCUCGGCGCACUGCAGUGAGCGCGGCGUGUGCAAGUAUAACAACGGACAGCCCUACUGUAGCUGUACAAGCGGAUACUACGGGUCCACUUGCGAAGUUGACGGCGAGGUUGUGGGCGUGGCUGUGGGCGCUUCGCUCGCGGCUGCGCUCGUCAUAGCGCUCACACUCGCAGCUCUAACCGCUUGGAGUCGGAAAUGGAACCGCGAACAAAAAGCAAUGGGCAUGGGUUCACCAGUGUUCAACUAUAUGGCAGCUAAUACUGUGAAAACUCCACCCGUUGGACAACCGCCUUAUCAGGUGACUUUAGAAGAAAGAAUGCGUUGGGCGCAAAUAGCUGAAGCAAUGGCGCAGGCGAAUCAUUAUGCUCAACCGGAACCAGCUCAAAUGGCGACAAGACCGUCUUCGGCUAUGUUCGGAUAUCCCACACUACCUCCUGUACCGUUACCUAGGAUGGGUCUGCACGGCCCACACACAGGAACACUGAACACGAUGAACUCGAGAGCUAAUUCUCAUCAUAAUUUGUAUGGAUAUACAAGCCACUUAGCAGCAGAUUCAACAAGUUCUGAAGCAUCCAGCCAUGUGCAAGACAGAGCUGAUCUUUUGGUACCUAGACCUAAAUCUAGGGCAAGGAGUAUGCAUAAUCAAACGGGUAUUUACUACGACGUUGACUACGAAAAUGCGCCAGAGCCGAUCUAUGGGUCAAAAGGAAUACCUCUCUCCACUUACACUGUUAGCCGAGGACCUCCGUUUUAUAGAUCAUGAUCUAUCAGAAUGAUCUAUAGAUCGCAAUGAUUUAUAUUUACAACAGAAUUAUAACACAGCCAUUAUAAAAUAGACCAUGAAAUGCAUCAAAAUUAUUUCAUAAAUCUUGAUUUAUGCAUCAAAAUUAUUUAAUUACUAGCGGUCCGCCCCGGCUUCGCCCGUGGUACAUAUUAACGUUUUCUCUAC